AUGCGCUUAUUCACGCCGCCGCCGCCGCUGCUGCUGCUGGUCCUCCUCGAGCUGCUCGUUGCUCUAUCGCUCGCUCUGCCCGAGGGCGAUGACUCGGACGUGCCGUUCUCGCUCCGUUACGUCCCUGGCUUCUUCAAGCAGGGCACCGCGUCCGUUAAAGUUCCCGACUCCAACCCGGAGCAUCUCGGGCUACUCGACAACGUCACGUGGGGAGACGUGGAAGCCUACAUCAACGGCCGAGCCACGCAAGGCGUCCAAGUCAAGCUGUUCCUCUUCUUACGCCAUGGAGAGGGCAUCCACAAUGUUGCGGAGGCCAAGUACGGCACCGAAGAGUGGGAACGAUACUACCGCAAACUGGCCGAGUACACGGACGCAAAGCUGACGGCUCUAGGUGUGCAACAGGCCGAGAAAGCGUCAGAGAGACUCGAUACAGAGCUCAAGAGGGGGCUCAAGAUCGAGGAAGUCGUGGUCUCGCCCUUGGAGCGCACUCUGCACACGGCCAUGAUCGCGUACCGGAACCACAAGGGGAUCCCCAAGCACUCGAUGGAGUGGCCUCGUGAGACCAUCGGCGUCUGCACGUGCGAUAUGCGAGGCACCAUCUCGUCCAAGGCGCUGCAGUACCCAAGAAUCGACUUCAGCGACGUCUGGAGCGACGCGGACCCGUGGUGGACGCCGGACCACCGCGAGACGGACUCGCACAUCAACGACCGCGCGCGCGUCUUCCUGAACCGCGUCUUCUACGGCCACAAGGCCUCGCACCUCGGCGUGGUGACUCAUAGUGGAAUGACACACGCUGCCAUGCGAGUCAUCGGCCACCGCGAGUACAACGUCGCCACGGCCGAGAUCGUCCCGUUCCUCCUGGAGGACACCAACUCCAUGCACACGAUUCCGUCGGUUUUAUCCGGCAAAGGCAACAACUAA